UGUAAGCCUGCUGCCUCCUGUAGCUGCUCGGGGAUUUAACUGACCACUUGAAUUCUGGUCAACCAACGGUCGUCGUUUAAGUCCAAUGGCUGGCAAGCAGGAGCGCACCUUCAUUGCUGUCAAACCUGAUGGAGUGCAGAGAGGACUUGUUGGAGAAAUCAUCAAGCGUUUUGAACAGAAAGGAUUCAAGCUGGUGGGCAUGAAGUUACUCCAUGCCAGUGAGGACCUUCUCAAGCAGCACUAUAGUGACCUGAAGGACAUGCCGUUCUUCCCUGGCCUUGUCAGUUACAUGUCCUCUGGCCCUGUGGUUGCCAUGGUUUGGGAGGGAUAUAAUGUAAUAAAAAUGGGAAGAGUAAUGCUGGGUGAGACUAACCCUGCUGAUUCUAAGCCUGGGACAAUUCGAGGUGACUUCUGCAUCCAAGUUGUCAGGAACAUCAUCCAUGGGAGUGAUUCUUUAGACUGUGCCAACACUGAGAUCAACCUGUGGUUUAAGCCAGAAGAGCUCUGUGACUACACUAAAUGUCAUGACAGCUGGAUCUAAAGGAUUUUUUCCCUCGCUUUCUUUUCCUUACCUCUUUUCUUGAUCUUCAGUUUUU